GUGACUUCCGGCAGGGAGGGCUCGGCCCCCAGAGAGGGUGGGGAGAUGACACAGUUGUUCCCCCAGCCCUGGCGGGGCGGGCAGCAUGGUUCACUCCAGCAUGGGGGCUCCAGAAAUAAGAAUGUCUAAGCCCCUGGAGGCCGAGAAGCAAGGUCUGGACUCCCCAUCAGAGCACACAGACACCGAAAGAAAUGGACCAGACACUAAUCAUCAGAACCCCCAAAAUAAGACCUCCCCAUUCUCCGUGUCCCCAACUGGCCCCAGUACAAAGGUGGGCAUUCUCUCUGGCCUCCACUUAACAUUCUGGGGUCCCGGACCCUGCCUCUCUCCCCCCCAGAUCAAGGCUGAAGACCCCAGUGGCGAUUCAGCCCCAGCAGCACCCCUGCCCCCUCAGCCGGCCCAGCCUCAUCUGCCCCAGGCCCAACUCAUGUUGACGGGCAGCCAGCUAGCUGGGGACAUACAGCAGCUCCUCCAGCUCCAGCAGCUGGUGCUUGUGCCAGGCCACCACCUCCAGCCACCUGCUCAGUUCCUGCUACCGCAGGCCCAGCAGAGCCAGCCAGGCCUGCUACCGACACCAAAUCUAUUCCAGCUACCUCAGCAAACCCAGGGAGCUCUUCUGACCUCCCAGCCCCGGGCCGGGCUUCCCACACAGGCCGUGACCCGCCCUACGCUGCCCGACCCGCACCUCUCGCACCCGCAGCCCCCCAAAUGCUUGGAGCCACCAUCCCACCCCGAGGAGCCCAGUGAUCUGGAGGAGCUGGAGCAAUUCGCCCGCACCUUCAAGCAACGCCGCAUCAAGCUGGGCUUCACGCAGGGUGAUGUGGGCCUGGCCAUGGGCAAGCUCUACGGCAACGACUUCAGCCAGACGACCAUUUCCCGCUUCGAGGCCCUCAACCUGAGCUUCAAGAACAUGUGCAAACUCAAGCCCCUCCUGGAGAAGUGGCUCAACGACGCAGAGACUAUGUCUGUGGACUCAAGCCUGCCCAGCCCCAACCAGCUGAGCAGCCCCAGCCUGGGUUUCGACGGCCUGCCCGGCCGGAGACGCAAGAAGAGGACCAGCAUCGAGACAAACGUCCGCUUCGCCUUAGAGAAGAGUUUUCUAGCGAACCAGAAGCCUACCUCAGAGGAGAUCCUGCUGAUCGCCGAGCAGCUGCACAUGGAGAAGGAAGUGAUCCGCGUCUGGUUCUGCAACCGGCGCCAGAAGGAGAAACGCAUCAACCCCUGCAGUGCGGCCCCCAUGCUGCCCAGCCCAGGGAAGCCGGCCAGCUACAGCCCCCAUAUGGUCACACCCCAAGGGGGCGCGGGGACCUUACCGUUGUCCCAAGCUUCCAGCAGUCUGAGCACAACAGUUACUACCUUAUCCUCAGCUGUGGGGACGCUCCACCCCAGCCGGACAGCUGGAGGGGGUGGGGGCGGGGGCGGGGCUGCGCCCCCCCUCAAUUCCAUCCCCUCUGUCACUCCCCCACCCCCGGCCACCACCAACAGCACAAACCCCAGCCCUCAAGGCAGCCACUCGGCUAUCGGCUUGUCAGGCCUGAACCCCAGCACGGGAAGCACAAUGGUGGGGUUGAGCUCCGGGCUGAGUCCAGCCCUCAUGAGCAACAACCCUUUGGCCACUAUCCAAGCCCUGGCCUCUGGUGGAACCCUGCCCCUUACCAGCCUUGAUGGCAGCGGGAAUCUGGUGCUGGGGGCAGCCGGCGCAGCCCCGGGGAGCCCUGGCCUGGUGACCUCGCCGCUCUUCUUGAACCAUGCUGGGCUGCCCCUGCUCAGCACCCCACCUGGUGUGGGCCUGGUCUCAGCAGCGGCUGCGGCUGUGGCAGCCUCCAUCUCCAGCAAGUCUCCUGGCCUCUCCUCCUCAUCCUCUUCAUCCUCAUCCUCCUCCUCCUCCACUUGCAGCGAGACGGCAGCACAGACCCCUGGAGGUCCAGGGGGGCCCGAGGCAGGGUCCAAACCUGAGUGAGGGCCAGCCAUGCCUCCCCUCUCAUUCCUCUGGUCCCUGCCUUGGUCCCUUGCCUGGGAAGAGGGCGAGGAGGCCAGUGGUGGGGACGCAGAGGGUCCUCAGAGCAGGAGUGACAAGGGAGGAAAGACCAAAAAAACAACCAACCAAAAAAAAAAAAAAAAAAAAAAAAGGAAAGAAACUAACCAACAAAAGAGAAAACCAAAAAUAAUCACAACAGAAACCAGCUGCCCCAAAGGAACCAGAGGUGAAAAACAAACAAACAAAAAAAACAAAAACAAACCAAAAAAAAAAAAAACCCCACAAAAUCAAACAAACCAAAAAACCAGUCGCGAGCCAGACCUCAGCGUGCUCACCCUCACUGCUACGACGCCAAAUAAAAACCCCAGCCAGGGGCGGAGAAGCCUCCAGCAGGUCAGACCUCAUGCCACCGAGCCCUGGCUGUGGGACCAACCCCCAACCCUGCCUCCCCCGUGGGGGCUACAGAAGGAAAAAGAGAAGAUGCCAGCUUCCUAAUCCCAGCCCCCAGCCCUGGGCCAGCGAAGACAGGGCACAGCCUGGGCAGAUGGGCUGGGGCUUAGCACCACCCACCAAAUGUUCUUUUCCAGAAGGUGAAAGAGAAAGGGCCUGAACAACCUUACACCAAAUAUUCAGUAGCUUCAUCCAAAGGAUGUACAGAAUUUUUAGCAUUGUGCUCAACAGAAUGUGUCCCUACCAUGUGUCCCCUUCUCCCCUGGCCCCCAGCUCUCCCCACCUGGGCAGGGGGUCUUGCUUUAACCUCCUCCCUCCCCCCAGCAGGGGAGAGUUCAAGGGAAGGCCUGCGGACAACUUUUCAUCCCCUGUUCCUCCCUCUUUUCCCCUUUGAAGGGUGGGCUAGGCCAUUUUGCCAAGUUCUAGCUCUCACAAGUCCCUCCUCAACCCUGUCACCCUCCUCUGCUCUGGAACUGACUCCCUCCCCAGCCUAUGGGAAGGUGGAAAUUUCAGGCAAGAGGGGAUGAAGACAUUCAGUUGAGGGCAUUCACUUGUCUUUUUCCAUCCUGUCUGUUUCCCUGAAAAAAAAAAAAAAAUUCAUAUUCCAGUGCCUAUCCGUGGGAUCCUUCACGUUCUUUGACAUUAACCAGAAACCAAAAAGAGAACUCACCUCGCUUUUCCCACCCUGUGCCCCUCUGGUACUGGCGAAUGCCUCUCCCUCCCCCCACAUGCACACACGCACACACCCCAGUGGUGGGGUUCCUCGAGAUGGCAUCCCCAUCAGGGUCCAUGUGGUGGAGACAGUGCCACAGCCUGUGGUCCCCAUCUGAGAGGGCGCGGUGGUGGCCACCACUCCCACAAGACCUCCACAACUCUUGGCUGGACCCUGUGUUUGACCAGCCCCGGACACGUCUCCACUGACGACGGACAGAGGAGAGACACCACUGGGAGCCACCCUGCCCUCCUGCUAUUGUGGAGGCCAACAAAGUUUUGAACUGAAAACCAAAAAAACAGAAACAAACAAACAAUAAAUUUAAACUAGAAAAAAGAAUUUAUAUAUAUAUAUAUAAAUAUAUAUAUAUAUAAAAGGGAAAGAAGAUGAGGACUCUUCAAGAAUAAGAUGGAACCGCGAGGCGGAGCCAAGCCCCUGCACCGGUGGUCCAGGCCCUUGUUCCCCAAGGCGGAUGGAAGGACGGAUGCUUCUUUCUCUUCACAAAUACCUCAUGGACGUCGUCUUUGGGAAAGCCGGAGGGGGCGGCUGGGGCAGGGCCUGUCCCUCGGCCAGGGCAGAUGGAAGCGGGUGGGCGGGGCUGAGAGAGGGUGUCAGGGACAGGGGUGAAGAGCCCCAAACUCCCCUCCCAAAUCAACUGAAAAAGCUUUAAAAAAAGACAGGAAAAAAAGGAGUAAGAAAGCAAAAAGAACAGAUGAAGGAAAACUUAACAACUUUUGGGUGGUUUGAUUCCUCCUUUGAUUUCUUUUUCGGUUCUCUUUUGUCUGACCUCUCUCCUCCCCUCCUUCCUCUCUCCUCCCCUCCUUCCUCUCUCCUCCCCUCCUUCCUCUCUCCUCUCCUCCUUCCUGUCUCCUCUCUCUCCCUUUGCUCUCCUCUCUUCUCUCUCAAUCUUGUUCUUUCUGUGUCUCUCCUCAAACCAAAGUGUUGCAGUGAAGGACUCGAGCCAUUGAAAUCAGGGUGGGGCCUGACAGCCGUAGUGUGGCCCCUGCCCCUUGUUGGGCAGGAGCAGAGAGAGAGGAGAGCCCUGAGACCGCAGGGCUUUGGCCUGGGCAGCUUCCACUUUCUGCCGGACACUCUGAGGAGAGGCAGAUGGAGCUCCAGGCCUCAGCGUUCUCUUUUUUCCUUGUCUCCCUUCUCCCACCCGGGAAAUGAAACUGUUGGGCUGGGCGACGGAGGCAGCAGAGACUCGGCCAUUGCAGGGGCCUCUGGGUGCCUUGUCCGGGCAGUGGUGAAGUAGCCGCCCCUCCCACCCCGGCACGAUGGGGCCUGGCACCUUGUCUACCCAACCUCACCGGAAUGUAAGCAUCUCCGCUGAACGACUCCCUGCCCUUACCCUACCUCUGAGUUUGUCCAUGUUUAUUUCCUGAAGAGAGAAGGGACUGGCAAGAGGGCUUGGGCCCCAGCCCAAGGGUGGAGAGGGGGCCAAGGGCUCCUGACCAAAUAGGAAGGACAUUUGAGCAGAGCAAAAUGAAAGGAAUUACAACCAAAAACCCCCUCCGAGAAGACAGGCAGCAUGGAAGGCAUGGUGGAGAUGACUCAAACAAAAACUAUGAUUCUAGACCAAAAAGGAAAAAAAAAAAAAAAAAAAAAGGAAAGAAAAUCCAGGACUCACCACCACCCACUUCAUCCUGCUUCCUCCCCAUCAAGUCCCACCACCUGGGACCUCUCCCCACCCCAGUAUGUGGGAGUGGGGUAAAGAGGAGAGGAGGAGCAGGGGGCAGGGAUGGGGCAGAUGCCCUGAUGUUGGUGGAGGGACCCCUGUGCAGCCGGGGGUGCUGGGGACCCUCCCCAUCCAACCCUCACACCUAGGAAAAGAAAAACAAGAAAAAAAUUCCUGGGAGGGGGAAAAAUAACCAAAUCCCAAGCUUUAACUACAGCUGUGAAACCAAAUAUUGGGAAGGGGGUAGGAGGGAGGGAGGGGCAGGUGAGCCCCAGGUCUCCCCCUGGGCCCCCCUCCCCUGAGGACUCGAGAUAAGGCACCAAAUACCUCAUAGAACUUUAAUGUUAAAAAAAGGAAACCAAAUAUCGUUGGCUGGGGGCCAGCCAGGGCAAGGGGCUGGGGGGCUGGAGGGAGCCAGGGUUGGGAAGGUGAUGGGGGAAUUCAUGCCCCCCACCCCCAUCUGCCCCUUACACUCUGGUCCCCCGUCUCGACUCCGGGAAACAAAACUAUCUCAUCAUUUUUAUUUUGUGGUCUGUACAGAGCCUAUGUCCGUGUGUCUGUGUGUGAGCGAGAGAGUUGGAGGGCUGGGGAGCUUUAUGUGGGGGAUGGGGAGGGCAACCCCAGGCUAGGCUAUGGGCUAGGUUAGAUGUCCGAGGUUGGGGGCCAAGGGCCUGGGCUAGAAAGAGAGGAGAGAUGAGUGGGUUGGAGCAGUGGGGAGCCCUCUGAAUUUCUCUUCUCCCCAACCCUGACCUCCUACUUAAGGGAGGGACAGAGACUGGGUCUACCCUAAUGGUGGGCCUUUUCAUUGUGCCAAAAAAAAAAAAAAUUGAUGCCAGUAACUAAACCACCUCUCUCUGUUCUCUUCUGGGGGGUGGGGUGGGUGUGUGUGUGGGGGUGGGUAGGGAUGGGGAACCCAAGCCCCAGUAGGAGUUGGGGCUGAGAUCAGGAGGAGGGGAAGGAUAUGAGUUUUCCAUCCAUCUCCCUGGAGAAGGCCAUGACGGGCUCUCCAAGCCCUGGGGAGAUCUGGCGAGGGACUAGCCAAGUCAGGGUGCCCUCUUGACUUGACUAGUUUUUCUAACCCACACGAAUACCAGGGUGCCUCUCUCUUCCUCUAGCCCAGGGUAGGGGGACCUGAGUGAGAGAGAGAGUGAGACAGACAGCAAGAUUGAGACACGCGGGCCCCCACUGGUCUCUGAGUGGGAAAGGCAAGUGCGAGAGAUAAAGGCCUCCAAGAGAAAAAAGAAACAAACCAAAGAUUUAACCAUUAAAAAAAAAAAAAAAACCCACAGACAACUCCGCUACCUUUUUAUAUGUUGGAAAAAAAGUGAAAAAAAAUUAAAAAUAAAAAUUAAAAAAAAAAAAAAACACAAAAACUCCAAGCCGCAAGUCCUUCAUGCGGUUUAAACUUUGACCUCAGCAGUCUCCAAAGCAAGACGACGAUGACAAAGGCGGAAACAAAGAAAAAAUAAUGUAUAUUUUUAAGUAUUUGUCCUUGAAUUGUUAGCUCCUUGUUAAACAAACAAAAGGAGAGAAAAAUCCAGAGAGAAGUGUUGCUGGGACGGAGACAACUAUUUACUAUGUCUGUGACCCCUCCCUUCUGCCUCCCUCCCCUUCCUCUCUUUCCUGUCCUCUAUCCUUGCUGCCCCUCCCCCAAUAUGUCCCCCAAACCCAGGGGCUCAGUAUUUAUUUAUUUAUAUAAUUGCAGGGUGACUGGGGGCCUCUCUCGGCAACUCGUAGAGAGCCUUUGGAUAAUGGCAGGGUGGGGAAUGGGCGAGGAGUCUUUGGGAAGAGCAGGGGCCUGAACUUUCAACUCCUUUCUGGCCUCUUGUCCCACUGCUUCCACCAUCACCUUCCAAAUCCAGGGCUGCACUAGGGCAAGGUGACCACCCUACUUCGUAAAGACCUGAUUGGCGCAGCCCGUUCUGGUGUGGGUGUCUUUCACCACCCAGAAUGACCAGGUUGGAAUGGGGGUGGGUGAAGUUGGAGGGGGUGGCAAGUACAAGGCAAGGGUGCCCAAGAACCGGCAUCCAGAAAUCAGCCCUGGAGUAGACCUGCCUUUCCUCCAUCCUCACCAAGUUAGCCUCCCUUUCAGUUCCGUCUGACCCCUGUGUUGGUAGCCCCUUCCUUCCCUUCCUGUACCCCCUCCCUGUCUCUUCUCGUGGUAGCGGGUUAGUGUUUCAGUGUUCUUAACUCCAAUCUGCUUGUUCAUUGUACAAUGUGCUUCUUUUAAGGCCCCAUUUUUGUAACUUGAGUGUGUCAUUCAUCUGAACAACAAACAUCAAAAAAUAAAAAAUUAAAAACUGUACAGAGAGAAAUGA